AUGUCCUGGUCGAUCGAUACAACACUAUCACUCAUCUCGCUUCUCAUCACGGGAGCUUCGUCUCUUCUUAACAUCUGGAACCAUAUCGCACGUACUUGUUUCAUAGAUCCCACGUCUCACGCCUCAGUCGCUGAAGCGCCGCAACCGCCAGAAAAUGUGGACCCAGGAGCCUUGCUCGAGUCGGGACUCCAUGGCCAGUCAACUGCAGCUGCACAAAUCGAGUCACUUCGUGCCAAAAUCAAGGAAAAAGAAGAUCGCGUCGCAGAAUACUCCAAACAAGUGGCCGGUGCUCAGCGGCAGAUCGAAAAUCUCAAAUCAGUCUACGCGCAGGAGGCCUCCAAAGUCUCACAAUCUGCAAAAGACAUUAGCACUCUUCAGGGCAAUUUGAAAGAAAAAGACAAAACAAUUGACAUGCUGAAGAGUACUGAUUCAAAAACCAAGUCGAUGUUGUUAUCGGAGCAGAAGAAAAAUAAGGAUCUCGACGAUGCCCAUAGUUUGAGGGGCAAAGAACUAAAACAAACCAAGGCUCGGCUUGAAAAAUUAGAAAGUUUCGUUGUCAGAAACUCGGAAGUUGACGAAGACACUGUCGGCAAAAACUUCUCGGGCCUUUGGGAGUAUGCUACAAAGGAAUUGUAUCCUUUCAUAAAGCAAGACGUUGAGAUGGAAACUCUAAAGGAUAAUUCGAUCUGGGAGAGACUUAAAAAAGCAAAUGGACAAGAUCUACCGCAUCAGGUUCCUUUACUCAAUCUGAAUUCGCCGGCAGCUAAAUAUAUGCGCCUCGCUAUGGUCCUUGCUGUUCUUGCAAGGGAGAUUGUCCAGCAUAUAUUUCACCCAGUCUACAUUCUCUCAGGGAACCACCAGGUUUGUAAUAUCCUCAGCCUUCUUGCUGAGGAGAAUAGUGAAAAAGAAUCUUUCUGUCGACAUGUAUUUCUAUCCGUUGAUCAAAAUGCCGAGAGAGAUACCCUCCUGGAUGAAGCUAGAACCGUGGUCGAGAACAUGUCGGCAUACAUAUCGGGACUGCUACCCAAAUCACAGCAUGAUCUAUUUUGCGCAGCCAUUAAAGAAAUCACACGCAAGGCAAUGGAGUUUUGGCUCCCGAUUCAGCGAGCGCAACAGAAAUAUGAGGCUGUGUUUGAUUUUUCGGACGUUGUGGAUGAUGAUUGGAAGCCUUUUCGUUUUCCUGGGGAAAAUGCGGUCCCCAACGGACAAGGCCAGAAAAUACAAGACAUUAAUAUUCUCACUGUUUUCCCGUGUAUCUUACUGGUCGAUGAUACAGGUCGUGAGCCUUUGACUCAUAUACUUCAGCUGCGAAGUUCCCAGGAACUGUGCAUAGCUGCGCAGCAGGAAGCCAGCCGCUUGACAACUAGGCCAACCAUGGGCAGGAGGCCAACAACUCGUUCAAGGAGAGACUCAAUAGCUCAAAGCACACCAACUCCAAAUGGCAAGGCUUUUUUAGAUGGAAGCACAAACAAAGACUAA